GAUGGACUACUGUUUGUAUAUGUGGUAAAUCGGACAUUAUUCACUGUCGGACAUGACGCAUUCCUACAGUCAGCGUUCUCUCGUGGUACUUGCGUUUUUAGGGAUUUUAUCCGCAAUAAUGUCCCUGUUGUCCGUCAUUUUGCUCUUCCAGCUCCAAACACAAGAGGCUGUUAUAAAGGAUUCUCGGGUCGAAUGAGGUCACAGUUAAUGUCCGUUUCUCCGGUCCUCUCAGCCUCGUCUCUGACACUCAACUUGAGCUCAGUUGUUGUGUGUUUGCUUCACAGCUAUCUCGCUACUGAAAUAAACCGAGGAGAACCAGACACACAAAGCCAUGCUCCUUGACUUUGUUUCAAGCACAGGCCAAACCCUGGAACGGGGUCAACAGUGAGAUGAGAUCUGUACUUUCUCGUAAAACCACAAUCGAGAAUUCAACUUUAGUAUGAAUGGUUUAAUAAGUGAUUAUGGAAAACCGACAUGACGAGAAUGCUGUAAACCAUUCGACCGCUCUGACGAAUAAACAGCGUGGGAAUGAGGUCACAGUCCGACCGGCCACUUUAGACAACCUCUCAAUUCAUCAGCUGGCAGCCCAUGGAGAAAUUUCACAACUGGAGGUACAUUUGUCCAAAGACAGCUCUCUGCUUAACAGUCAAGAUGAGCGAGGUUUCACACCACUAAUGUGGGCUGCUGCAUUUGGAGAGAUAAUGAUGGUGGAGUUCCUCCUUCAAAAGGGAGCAGAUCCGAGAACAGUGGCUCGGGAACGAGAAAGUGCCCUGUCUUUGGCCAGCGCAGGAGGAUUUGCAGACAUUGUUAAUAUUCUCCUACAACAUGGCGUUGAUAUCGAUUCCUAUGACUGGAAUGGUGGGACCCCUCUUCUGUAUGCCGUUCGUGGGAAUCACAUAAAAUGUGUUGAAGCUCUCUUGAGAUGUGGGGCAGAUAUCACAUUUGAGGCAGACUCUGGCUACAGUCCUGUUGCUCUCGCUGUCGCAUUGGGCCACAAAAAAGUGCAAAAACUGCUUGAAGAUCAUAUUUUGGAGCUGUUUCGGGGACCAGUUUCAGUGUCUGACAAGACAUGAAGCAGAGGACUGCUCUUACAAGACUUUACAAUUAUCCUGCAUAGUUUAUAGUUUUACUU